CCAGGGCCAGUGCUUUAUCCACUGCGCCACCUAGCCACCCCCCAAGUCAAUCUUUCUGAGUCUCUGUAUGACCUUUAACCCCAAUGAGAGAGGCACACUUUGAAUUCAAAAAGACCAUCUCUUCCCUCAUUCCAUCUGGGUAAGGUGUUUUAUCCACCAUCCUCAGUCAAAUAUCAUCUUCCUCCCCCACCUCUUAACAGUCAGACUCUCAAGUAACCAUGUGACAUCCCUCCCCAACUACACACAAAGUAUUUGAGAUGACUUUCCUUCCCCACCCUACUCAGCUAUUUCAUAAUGACUAUUCCUUGAGGCUCCCCACUGAAAAGGGGUGGGGUCAUUGCUCAGAGACAGCUUCCCUCCCCGCUGGGAGCCAUGAGGACUUCCAGAUCCAGCUUGGGAAGCACGAUACUGUAACCUGAGCAGUGGCAACCUGCUCUGAAUAUGUUCGAUGUGUGCAUUAAUAGAAGCCUCUCUCACUGCCCCUGACAAGACUUAGCAGCUGUGCUUGCGUCCCAGUUGCCUAAAUGCUUCAGUGCCUGGCUGGUCUCCUUUUGCUCCUUGGGGCUGACAUUUGAAAGUGCUUAGGCUCACUAAGACACCAUUCCUACAACCUACAACCCACACCCCUGUCUGGCACUGCUGCCACCCACCGCCUCAGUCUGCUUCGGCCAGCUCUAAACCAUUUGGACAGGAGGGAAGCAGCUCCCUUGACUUCAACCUGCUGAACCCCACUUUUGGUCAUCAUGGCCAAGGCACUGAAAGUCCGGUUGACUUUCUGCAUCAUCCUGGUGGGCAUCUGCUUUGAUGGCUGCAGUGGUGACGAUCACUGGGCUGUUCUGAGCCCCAAGGUGGAAAGUACAAUGCCACCUGUGAGGGCAGCCCACUUUGGUCUCUGGAGGCUCUGCACCAAACGGAUCUACAUGAGCAACACCAAUGACAAGAGCUGCGGACCUAUCAGCCUACCAGGGGAACAAAACUGUUCAUACUUCAGGCAUUUUAACCCGGGAGAAAGCUCAGAAAUCUUUGAAGUCACCACCCAAAAAGAAUACAGCAUCUCUGCAGCAGCCAUUGCCAUCUUCAGCAUCGGUUUCACCAUCAUGGGGACCAUUUUCAUCCUUCUGUCCUUCAGGAAAAAGAAGGAUUACCUUCUGAAGCCAGCAGCUCUGUUUUACGCUUUUGCAGGCCUGUGUAUCAUCGUCUCUGUGGAAGUCAUGCGGCAGUCAGUGAAGCGGAUGAUUGACAGUGAGGAGACGGUCUGGAUAGAAUACUAUUAUUCCUGGUCCUUUGCCUGUGCCUGCACCUCCUUUGUGCUCCUCUUCAUCUGUGGCAUCGCUCUCCUACUCAUAUCCCUGCCUCGUAUGCCCCAGAAUCCCUGGGAGUCUUGUAUGGAUGCUGAACCUGAGCAUUAGCUUGAUUUCAUCCUUUUUUUAAUGACCUGGGCUGAGGACUAGGGAAAUAGUGGCCUCCAAGGCUCUCUCUCCACAGAAGCCAAAUGGCCGAGGCCAAGCAGGGGUAAAAAAUGGAGAAGAGGAUGUGGUGACAUCACCCCCAUCCCCAUCCCCAUCAAUAGUAACCUGUCCUCCUUUUAAAGGGAUCAUAUUUUCCCUUAUCUGAGGCAUCUUUUCCAUCUAUUCUAGUUCCAUUCUUUACCCAUUCUCCAUCCUCCCUUCUCCUCCUCCCCUCUACUCACCAUGCUAUAGAAUGGUGUCUGGAUGCGUGACAUCCUCCCCAAUCCCUAUCAUUUCAUUACUACAGACUGCUACAGUAUCCUGUGCUCAUACUUGAGUGGUCUUCUGCUCUAACCUAGCAGCGAAUGUGAGUCCAGAGCCUCAUCAGCUUUAAAUCAGAGGCCUGAUUUUCUAUCCUACAAGCAGUGUCUAUAGAUAGGGACACUGGGGGAGUGUAUGUCUUAGAUGUUGCAGUUUGGGUUCAUAAUUGUUCUUGUGUACAAUUUUAAAAUGGUUACAGGUUGUCCUUGUAAACUACUCCAUCCCUACAUUCUACCCCUACUACAUCAUUUUGUCAGUUUCCAAAUUCUCUGUGUGUUUUAGUCCCUGGGAGAAAGUACCCAGAAUAAUGGCUAGAGAUUUACUUGAAGAAAUAGCCAACCCCUCCUCUACAUAAGGACAAGGCACACAGUGGGGCUACUUGGAAUUCCUCCUCUUUGUCCUAACAUUCAUCACAAGCCCCAAGGAGCAAUUCCAACUGAGAAGAAAUGAAGCGUGGAUUAAAAUAAAAUUU